AAAAACGCCGGUUGGUAUUUUAUAACGAAGUUGGGCGUAGAUAGUUCACGUCGGAUCGCGGAGACUUCACGGCGGUCGCCAUUUCCGCCACGAAUACUGGCUGGUGAUAUUGUGUGUGGAAUAGUGGUAUUGGAGGUUAUAUGUGCUUAUUUCAAAGUUAUUUGUGCAUAAAUUUUGUUGAAAACAAAUUUUGAGGACGUUAAUCGCGUAUCCGUAAUUGUAGGCACAUUAAGUGCGUCCAAUGAGUGAGUAUCUUAAAUCUAGAUUACGUAGCAUUUGAAACGCGCACGUGCAAGUACUCCUAAUAUUUUCCGAAUUAAAUUGCACUUACACGGUAUCGACGUUAGCUAUGUAAUCGUUACUGUUGACGAAUGUAUCGUUGCCGAGAACACCAGAAAUGAAGAUAGCCACCAUAUCAAAACCGCAACAAUUUGACGCUCUCUCGAUCAAACAUUAACUUUUAGACCCCACAAUUAAUACAUUAAUUAAGUAAAGAUAGUAAUAAGAUUUGUUUGGAUUCAUUUUUUUUUUUAGUUUUUAAGCGGAUCGGUUAGAAAUUGUAGUGCCAACAUUAUGAAAAUACCAGAGUCUACGUCCAAUGUUGGGGCUUAUUAUGGCAACGACGAGAAUGGACAGUGGCAGCCCAACGGCGUUAUAAUAGAUAGUGGUGUCGGAGGCGGCGUGGUUGGCAGCGGCGACGCCGGCAUUCAUCGCCCGCCGAUAUACCCAGUGCAUAUACCGCGAGGACAUCCAGGCUACGUGAUGGCGGGCGCGUACUACCCAGCAGCGUUCCCCGCUCCCCCCCAGCCUCAAGACGACUUCGCGGACUACAUGUGGAUGGAGAACGAAGAAGAGUUCGACAAACAGGUGAUGCAGCAGCUUGAAGAAGAAGCGUUGAUGGAGCAGUGCAUUGAAGCCAUGCUCGAGGAUGAACAGCGCGAGAGACUUCGGCCGAACGGACACCAACAGCAACACUUUCCUACAACAAGCAACGGCGCAUCGUCCCUAUCCCUAGAGGAGACUGUGUCCCGCUCCACGCUGAACCCUCUGGCUGCUGAGUUUGUACCCACGAGGGCGCGACAGCCGCCCGCCACAGAAGAAAGAGCAGAACCAUCGGAAGCGCCCGCAGAAGAGCCACAGAAGUCAGAAGAAGCCGCGCCCGAACCCACCCCCCAGGAUCCACAGGAAACCACAGAAGAACCAGUACAACCCCAGAAAGAUCCACCGGAGGUAUCGGCAGCGGACCUCGACAAAAGCGACAAGAGGAAAGAACGGAGAGACUCCAAGCCCAAGGUCGAAGUACAAGCGAAAAAACCAUCCAAAGUCGAAGCCAAGCCCAAAGCGAAACCGCAGACGGUGAAGUCGGAGACGAAAGUCGUUCAGAAGAAGAAGGAAGUCGUUAAGAGUGUGAAGAGUGAUACGAAGGUUGAGGAGAAGGUUGAGGAGGUGCCGGAGAAGCCCCAGCCCGCACCAGUAGAAGAGUCGACAGCGCCAUCUGGCUUCAAACCUGUUAACUACGCAGCGGCAGCUAAAGCGAACAAACCCAAAAAACCAUCACCACCGGUCAUAGACAAACCCGCGCCACAACCCAAAAUAGAAAAAACCAAGACCAUAGAGAAGAUUGAGAAGAAAGAAAAGGCUAAAACGGAAAAGGUCAGUGUCCAAAGGAAAAACUCCACCAAGUAGUUUGAUUAUUAGGUGUUUUUGGCUAAAAAUAUCUAUGGUAUAAAAAUAUUGCCUGUGUACAAAUUUUAUGGCAACACCGUCUGGUUUGUAUUAUACAUACAGCCUCGUGUAGAUUGAGAGUUAUAAUAGUUUUGUGAUAUUUCAAUUUUUGAAGUAAAUUUGCAUUUUUUUUGGAAAUAAAAAA